AUGUUGCACGCCAACUCUUCACCACAAAAAUCUAUUACUUCGAUCCGAUCAAAGAUUGAGAAGAGAAAACGAGUGUCGAAUCAGUUCUCGGCCACCCGUCUUGUUGAUGAAGUCUAUGGCUCGAAUCACUCGAUUGUGCAAUCUCUUGGAUGGAGUCAUAAACUCGUUGGACAUCAUGGCUGUGUGAAUGCCAUUAAUUUUAACACCAAUGGAGAUUUAAUAGUCACUGGAAGUGACGAUGAAACAGUUAAAAUUUGGAACACAUGGACAGGAAAAUGUCUCACCACUCUCUCUGGUCACAUUAGUAAUGUUUUUGCCACAAAUUUCUUCAACUCGAACCAUCAUCAAAUUAUUAGUGGUGGCAAUGAUUCUGAUGUUCGUUUCUAUGAUAUUGAAAAAGAUGUCUGUACAGUCUAUCAACAUCACACGAAAAAGGUUUUAAAAAUUGCAACUUGUCCACUCUUACCUCAUUGUUUCUAUUCAUGUUCAGCGGAUGGUUCUUGUCGAAUGUUUGAUGUGAGAUGUAAAUAUUCAAAUUCAAAAAUUGAACAAGAAAAGAUUGUAAAAGAGACCAGAAGUGGUAGUAGUAGUAGCAAUGGUAAUAGUAGCACUGGCAACACUCAUCAUCCUUCUCGAUUGAAUGCUUACAGUAAUUAUAAUGAUACCAUUUUACCUCAAGCCAUUGGAGGUGGAAGAGCAAUUUCGAGUCAAGGAGGAGUUGUUACCACAACAACAACAACAACCACCAAUCCUACUCUUACUGGAAGUGUGUUGAAUGAUCAUUCUUAUGGUAGUAGUAGUAGUAGUAGUUCGACCAAUUCCAACACACAUCCAGUGAGUUCCUUGGUGGUCAAUUAUCGAAUGCUCGAAUAUCAUACAAAAACAGUUCCAACAUUGUAUAGUGUGGAAUUAAAUCCAUUCAAUCCUCAUCAACUCAUUAUUGGUUCCUAUCUUGGAGAUACACGACUCUUUGAUACGAGAAGGAUUGAGAAUUUUAAUGCCAAUUCUUAUGUGAAUAUUUACAGACCUGUAGAGCCUAAUUAUGAUCCGAGAGAUUAUGAAGUCACUGGAUGUGCAUUUUCACAAGAUGGUUCAAAGAUUGUGAGUACACAUUUGGGAGAUUAUAUUUACUUGUUUGAUCGAGAGAGAAACUUUGAGAGGGAUGAAGGUGUGGAUUAUAGUCGAGUCAUUCCAUCGCCAACAGCAGGUGCAUCCUCGUCAUUUUCACAGAGUCUUUUAUCGAGAAGAUCGAGAAAUAACUCGACGACAACGACAACAAGGACGACGACGACAACCACGAGUGGAAGAACUGUUCAUGAAAGUGUGAAUGGUUCUUUUAUUGAAGAAGAAGAAGAAGACGGUGAACGUGUGAAUGUUACAAUGAAUGAUUCUAUGGAAGAUCCAACUGCUCCCUCAACUUGUACCUACGAAAGAAAGUUCACUGGUCAUUGUUCACGACAAACCAUUAAGGGAGUCAACUUUUUUGGUCUCCAUUCAGAAUAUGUCAUUUCAGGAAGUGACGAUUCGAAUAUCUUUAUUUGGGAAAGAGAAAGUGGAGAGCUAGUUCGAGUGUUAUCUGGUCACGAGGACAUUGUAAAUACAGUAGUAUGUCAUCCAGAAUAUCCAGUGAUUUGUAGUGGUGGAAUUGAUGAUUUUGUCAAUGUUUGGGCACCCUGUAAUGAUUCCUUAUUGUUAUCGAGUGAGGAAAUGAAACGAAGAAAAACUCAUUUGGAAAGUGUGAUGGAAGAGAAUGCACACGAAUUGGAUGAUGAAGAAGUGACACAUAUUCCAGCACACUUGUUGCAAGUGUUAAUGCAAUACUUUAUGUCAAGAGGAGCAGAUAUGGAGGAUGAUGACGAUGAUCUUGACGAUCUCGAUGAUUGA